UCGCAUUCAGCUCUCCAAACCGCAAAAACCAAUCUUCAAUUCCUCUACGACCCCAACUCUCCAAACGCACCUACGCGCCGCCGUACCCGCGCUCUCCUCCGCACCCUCCGCUACGCUCUGAAGUUUAUUUUCUGGCGACUGGUGCGGUACGCAAAGUAUGCCGCUGUGGGUGCCAUCACCGCAGCCAUCGCCGGCACAGCGAUAGGCAGUGUAGCAUCAGGUGCUGCGUUUGUGAUUGCGCCGACUGGUAUUGUUGGUGGAGCGGGUGCUGGUUUGCUUUGGGGUUUGGGCAAGUUUGGAUGGAGGACAUUGGCGAGGAAGAUUAGGAGUGGUGAAGCGCAUCAUGCUGAUGCGAGGGCAGACGAGAAAGAAGAAGGAGGAGAUGUGGAUCCUAUCAAGCCGCCGAAGAUGGCAGAGCCUUGGUGA